AUGGUUGAACAAACAGUUUCACAGGUCGCCGACAAGACUCAUGCCAACAUGGGCAUGGAGGUCAGAGAGAGGUUCAUGACCAGCAAGCCCUCACUCUUCCGCUCAAUUCGCAACAAUCCCAAGGUCGUCUUCAUUGCCUUCUUUGCCUCUCUGGGCGGAUUCGAAUAUGGUUAUCAGCAGGGCGUUCUAGGACAAUCACUGGUCAUGUAUCGAUUCGUUCACAACUUUCCUUCGGUUGUUGAGUCUUCGACUGCGACCGGCUGGCUCACCUCGGUCCUUCAACUUGGUGGUAUCGCCGGCUCACUCUCUGCUGGGUUCCUUGGCGAGAUCCUCUCACGGAAAUACACCAUGUUCAUGGCAUGUUUGUUCGUGAUCCUGGGCAGUUACCUCUAUGUUGGUGCCACCGCCGGCACUCAUGCUCUGUUGUACGCCGGACGCUUCUUCACCGGCAUCGGCGUGGGACUCUUCAGCGGUGUCGGGCCGCUGUACAACGCUGAGCUAUCCGCUCCAGAAAUGCGCGGCUUUCUAGUGUCCUUUUAUCAAUUUGCGACCAUCCUUGGCAUCAUGCUUUCCUUCUGGGUUGGCUAUGGUAGCAACUAUAUUGGCGGCACAGGCGCAGGCCAGUCAGAUCUUGCAUGGCGUCUACCGUCAAUUGUCCAAGGCAUCCCCGCGGCCUGCCUCGCCAUCGGUAUCUGGUGGAUGCCCUUCUCACCCAGAUGGCUGGUGAAGAAAGGUCGCAAUCAAGAAGCUCGUCAGACGCUAGCGUGGCUGAGAAAGCUACCCAUCGACCAUGAGCUCGUUCAAGUCGAAUAUCUCGAGAUUCAGGCCGAAUCUGUCUUCGAGCAACGUGCUUUUGCAAAGGCCUUCCCCAAAUUGGCCGAAAAGCAAAAACAGAAUGCCUUCAUGGAGCAAUUUGCCCAGUACGCCAACUGCUUCAGAACACGAGACAACUUCAAGAGAGUCUGCAUUGUUUGGCUGAUCAUGUUCUUUCAGCAAUGGAGCGGCAUCGACGCGAUCAUCUAUUACGCGUCCAACGUCUUUCAGAGUCUCGGUCUGACGCAAGGAACCAUUGCUCUUCUUGCCACUGGUGUCACCGGAGUUGUCUUCAUCGUCAGCACAGUACCAGCAAUGCUGAUCAUCGACAAGGUGGGUCGCAAGCCUAUGCUGAUCGUUGGGUCAAUCGUCAUGUGCGUAUCUAUGGUCAUUGUUGGAGCCAUUGUUGCCUGUUUUCGCCACGAUUGGCCUGGCCACCCUGCGGCCGGUUGGUCUGCUGUCGCGCUCAUCUGGGUUUAUAUCGCCGCUUUUGGUGCAACUUGGGGCCCGGUAUCUUGGACGCUGGUUUCCGAAAUCUUCCCUCUAUCGAUUCGUGCAAAGGGCGCCAGUAUUGGAGCAUUUUCCAAUUGGAUCAACAACUUUGCAAUCGCAUUUUUUGUGCCCCCAAUGCUGAAGCACUGGGCAUGGGGCACAUACAUUUUCUUCGCCGUCUUCCUCGCAGGCGGCAUUUUCUGGGUUUGGUGGGUUCUACCAGAGACUAAGAAUGCGACACUGGAGGAGAUGGAUAGAGUCUUUGGAAGCAAAGCUGGCGAACAAGAUGCCCUCCUUCUGCGAGAGGCACAGCAAGAAGUCGGACUGUUGGACUUCCUUGACGGGAACCGUGGCCCAACAGAUGAGAAAAGCAGCGACAAGUCCUUCACACACGUCGCAAACAAGGCCGAUGUUUGA